AUGGCGCCGCAACCCGGCUUGAGCGUGACAGUCAGUCCGUCCGCGAGCGCCUUCUUCGCAGGAGAGGUCUUCACUGCGACCAUCACCUUCCGAAACACGCAUCCUCCCGCCCCAGAACCCUCCACCUCGACGACCCCACAUCCCUCCUCACCGGCUCAGCGCUCGCCGUACGCUUCACCUGGACACGCGAGGACAGCCUCUUCGGUACAACUGGGCUCAUGGCGAACGAGCGCGAGCCAGGCAGGACCCGCACGCGAUGCUUGGCCUCGCCAGAACCAGUCGCCUGCAUCUCCCCCUUCAUUCGGCCGAACAGCGUCGAGCGGACGUGUUUCCCAUCCGAGCUUGAGCGCUGCAGCGAGCGCGUCGGCCACGGAUCUCGCCUCGCCGCCGACAUCGCCGCGCAGACCAGUCUUCUCGAGCACCUCUUCGACCGGGUCUCUUCGUCCGCCUCAUCCGACUGCGAGCGGCCCUUCAUCUCCUUCCACGUCUUCUUCACCGCCUUCACUACCCACUCGCAAGGGGCUUAUCGGCAAGCCUCCAGCGGCACCUCCAACACUCUCACUCGCCGUUCCUCCUUCUCGUGGCGGCGGUCUCUACGGAAACGGUCCUCGACGGCCUGGAUUGCUUGGAGGCGGGCAUGCGCGAGCACAGAGCGUGGCGGUCAGCUCGCCGGAUCUGCUUUUGCACAACGGGCGGGGAGCAGCGAACGGCGAGGCAGGCGGGAGAAACUUCACGGCGCCAUCUGGUGCGCCUGAAGGAGGUCGAAUGGCAGGAGGACAUGCGAAGUCAAGAUUUGGAGGCAGCAUUGCAGGAGGCGGACUGGCGGGUCAGCGGAGCGAGAACGACUUGCGGGCAGCUGGGCAGCAAGGUCGGGCACCGCCAAUUGACGAGGAAAGCUCGCCCAUUGACCGACAACAGCCAAACUUUCCCGACGAUGCAGCUUUCCCCGUCUCCGAGUCCUCCUCAGCCCCUGCUCCUGCUCACUUUCCUCGAAGACCGACCUUCGGCCAUCAGCGCACUCCAUCAAAUCUUCCCUACGCCGUGAACUCGCGAGCUCGAGUCUCGUCCCUCACGCUCGCUUCCGACGACUCAGACUCCGACUACGACGCCAACGAAGCCAACACGAGCGGGAACGGCUUCUAUGGUAUGGGACAGAAUGACACGAUGGAGUCUGUACUGGAGGCGAAGUACUCGCACCAUGCGACACAGAAGGCAGGACCCCUCACGAAUCGCAUUGCCUCGGCUCCUUCCGCCUUCCUCCGACCCGUUCAAGAUCGCAACCGCGCGAUCUCUUACGGUCACGAACCCGAACCGGCUUCGCCAUCCCUUCUGCACCCGCCGAAUACGCUCGCCGUGCUCUGGGCUUUCGCGCAUCUCGAAGGAACGUUCGAGGUCGACGAAUCGCUCAUCAAGCCGGCCGAGUUCCUCGAGGUGAAGCGAUUACUGGCGGGCGGUACAGGAGGUGUUGGAGUCGGCGGCGGUACGCUGGAAGAUAGACGGACAGGCAGCGGCUGGAGAGAGUGGUUGGGCUGGGGAAGAGGCGGCGCGAACCAAGGAGGGAGUGCGGGACCAGGUGGCGGCGCUGGCAUGGCGACAGAGGAUCCUCGAGGAGCGGCAAGUCUUGAGGAGCGGAAGGACCGCGCGAUCAAGGACAGAAGCGUUCCGACGCUGUCUUGCCCGCCGAGCAUCCUAGCUGUGGACCUCGUCCUCCAGCCCGGGCAGAGCAAGAGCUUCACCUUCAGCAUCCGCAUUCCCGCCGACCUGCCACCCUCGUUCCGCGGCAAGGCGAUCAAGUUUAACUACCAUCUUGUUGUCGGUUCGAACCGCAUCUCGCUCGGUCCGAUCUCGCUCAAGCAUGAAGCAGACGACGUUCGUCCGGUCCCGAAGGCGCAGGGGAAACCGUCCGUUAGCCGCGUCAUGCGAGUACCGAUCCGGGUGUACAACCAUGUGGGCGUGACCGGCGCUCGGCCGUUCUACGACUUGACGAACCCAGUCAUCUUCCAGCAAGACGAGGCGAUCACGGCGGACGUGCAGGACAAGAAGGAGACGGCAGUCGCGGUGACAAAGCUGCAGCGACCCGACACCGGCAAAGACGACUUCGAAUCCUAUGCUGUCAACCUGCUCUCCUCCGUCGCCUCGAACUCUCCCGAGAUCGUUCAGAACCCGAGUCUUUCGCCAACCCUCGAGGCGACGCGCUCGCCAACGCUGAUGGAAGCUCCGCCGUCCCUUCGGCCAGAGAUGAGCUCGCAUCGCGGCGGUGGCGGCAAAGCGAUUGAGGCAUUCGGGCUCGAUGUCGAUGAGGCGGAGGGUUGCAAGGCCGCAGUCGAGAUCGUCUCGCGGAACUCGCAAAAAGUCUCGUACGACAUCAACAAGGAUGGCUACCAAGUGGCGAGCUUGACACUGGUCAAGUCUGCGUAUCGGCUUGGCGAGACGGUGAACGGCUCGAUCCUGCUGAACGGCGGAGAGGGACGUGUCUUGCGCGUCUCGGCACGACUCGAGACGCACGAGCUCGUCGAAACAUCCAUCUCGACCAUGCCCGCCCCUCGCAUGCGACAGAUCACUCGUCGCUUGCACGCCGAACACCACGAGAUGACCCUCGACGCCGCACGACUCGGCUUUGCUCUCGCCAUCCCCUCUGGCGCCACGCCUGACUUCGGCACGAGUGGCGUCAAGCUGCAGUGGUCCGUUCGGCUUUCCCUCCUCGUCAUCCCGCCCUCUCCCGAAGCUUCCGCCGGCGCGACGCCCAACAUCACGCCGCGACGACUUGCAGCGGCACUCGGGGCAAGUGGCUCAGGCGGUCGCAGCUCCCCCAACGGCGGGACUUCGACCCCCCCGCGACACGGUCGAUCCAAGUCUUUCGCCUACGGCUUUGAGCCCGCGGUUCCUGUCACCCUUCCUCCGCCGCCUCCCAUUCCGCCCUCGGGCGCAGCGCACCUCAUGCCCGUCCCUCCUCGAGCUGGCGAACCCACACCCGUCCAGCACAUCUCGUACCGCGCCGUUCCCGACCUGGGCUACGUACCGGUGCUGUUCUCGAGCGCAAUGCCCGAGCCUCCUCCCGCUCCAGGUCCGCUGCAGAAAGCUGCGAGCGGCGCGCAUCACAGGCCGACGCCGAGCAUGUCGCUCGCUCGAGGACAGCAGAGUCCGUUCGGGAACGGGAGCGCGGUGCUCGUGCCGGCGAAGGUCGAGACGGUCGAAUGCUCGAUCCCGAUCAAGGUGUAUCCUGGCAACACGCCCUUCCGCCCGACAAUCACGGUGUUUGAUGCGUAG